UUCAUUUGGGGCGGGGACACUAAGGGGGUGGAGCGCCAAGGAAGUGUGCGUGUAGACGCGGGUUAUAUCAGCGCAGUCGUGUAAGAGCACCAGCGAAAGAGAAUGGCCGGCUCCCAGUUCAACAAAGGGCCUGCGUACGGCCUGUCCGCCGAGGUCAAGAACAAAAUCGCGCAGAAGUACGACUACCAGAAGGAAGAGGAGCUGAGAAUCUGGAUUGAGGACAUCACGGAGAUGAAGAUUGGCAGCGACUUUCAGAAGGGCCUGAAGGAUGGCAUCAUCCUGUGCGAGCUAAUCAACAGACUGCAGCCAGGCUCUGUGCGGAAAGUGAACCGCUCGAAGCUGAACUGGCACCAGCUCGAGAAUCUCUCCAACUUCAUUAAAGCCAUCACGGAUUACGGAAUCAAGCCGCAUGACAUCUUUGAGGCCAACGACUUGUUUGAGAAUGGGAACAUGACUCAGGUUCAGACCACCCUCCUGGCCCUGGCAGGCAUGGCAAAAACCAAAGGGAUCCAAAGCCGAGUGGACAUCGGCGUGAAGUACGCGGACCGCCAAGAACGCAUGUUUGAUGAAGAGAAGCUGAAGGCGGGUCAGUGUGUCAUCGGGCUGCAGAUGGGCACUAAUAAGUGUGCCAGCCAGGCAGGUAUGAAUGCCUAUGGCACCAGAAGACACCUGUAUGACCCCAAGGCUCACAUCCAGCCACCCAUGGAUAACACCACGAUCAGCCUGCAGAUGGGCACCAACAAAGGAGCGAGUCAGACUGGCAUGACGGCUCCUGGCACCAGGCGUGCCAUCUACGACCACAAGCUGGGCACAGACAAGUGCGACAACACCACCAUGUCCCUGCAGAUGGGCUACAACCAGGGUGCCACCCAGAGUGGCCUGAACUUUGGGCUGGGCCGGCAGAUCUAUGACUCCAAGUACUGCCCCAAGGGAGAAGCCAUGGAGGGCGAGGAGGAUGACGACGGCAAGAUCGAAUACGAGGAGCGAGGCUACGUGGUGCACGAGACCGACUACUAAGGCCGACGGGGAGGCCUGUGGACAGAAACCAGGCGACCAAAGAA